AUGCUCUUCAUAGAAAGAGCUGCUGAUCAAUUUUAUAUCUAUUUUUAUGUUCAAGAGUCUUCGUAUGACAACAGAGUUCGAGUAGUAGUACUUGGAGGGUUAUACGGUGCUCAGCCUGUUGGUCGUGAGCUUGUCAUUCGUCUUGCUCGACACCUGGGGGCAGGAUGGGCUAAAAAGGAUGUGAAGAUACAAACUUUGUUAGAGAACACAAGGAUUUUCCUUGUGCCAGCAAUUGAUAUUGAUGGUUUUGAUGCAGCUAUUCCAGGAAUGUGUGGAUACAGCAAAGUAAGUGAGAUGCAGAAUGAGGUUGGAGGUUCAUUCUCACCAGAGAUAAGCAAUACUUACGCUCAGGCUACGAUUUCAAUGUUGGAGCAGAUCAAACACAUGUUUUCUGUCACUCGAAGUCUGGAGCGUAAAUUUUAUGCAGUCAUAAGAAUAGUGCACAAGCAACAUCUGGCUCAAACAAGGGCCAAGUCUAUGCCAGACAACUUGUCUCCACCUAGUCACACCAUACUAAAACUCAAGGUCAAGGCAAACUUUUGA